AUGAAUAUACAAGCCAAGUCUGAUAAGGUACUAACCCCCGAAUAUCUGGAUUGGUAUUCCAAAUUAAUUGAUUUGCCAACCACUAUAUCUGAUAAACUUCGUUCCAAAUUAUAUAAAAUAUAUAAGAAAAAAACUGAUCUCGAUCCUUGGAUGGAUUCCAAACCCUCUGAAUCUAAACAAAUCGAAGAAGAUGCUAAAGAAAAAGAUGUGAUCAUUGAAACAGUACAUAAACGCUUCCCUUUCUUGACAUAUACUAAUUUGAAUGCAUGGCAUCAGGAUGUUUUUAAAUAUACUGAUUCAGAAGCUAAAUGCCCGAUAUGUAAAGAGGUACAUACACGUUUAGGUAUAUGGGGUGAUUGGAGCUGUCUAGACAAAAAUGAUCACUAUUAUCUCAAUUGUCCUUUUCGUAUCGAUCAAAAGAAAGUUAUAAUUGCUAUACAGAGUUUGUCGGAAAUCCAGCCAGAGGCUGGCUUACGUCAAUAUGCCAUCGAACAUAAAAUGGAUCCCGAAAAAUUUUCUGUUAUUACUGAGGCUGAGAAAAAAAGGUGGAUAAUGGGAUGCUUCCGUGGUGACUUGGAAAGAGAUAUACGCUGUUAUCAAGAUGGAAUAAAGAGGAAGGAAGACCCUAGAAAAUAUCAUAAAUUUUUAACAGAUCGGGAUAGACUGAUCGGUGAAGAGUUAUUACAUCGCAGUAUACUAAAGAGUAGAUUAAGUACUGUAUGGCUUGAUGAUCUUAUAAAAGAAUGGGAAGAAAGCCAUACUCAAUUU